AGGUCGUUGGUAAUCAAAACAGUCGAAGAACAACAAAAUGAGUGACACAAAUAGAAAAGUGCAAGACAACCCCAAGAUACUAUCGGGUCCCGUACUGAAAAAUUCGCCUAACGCGGUGCUGUCCAAAACCCUGCUGAACCGGUACAAGGACCUCCCGCUGCCAGGCGACAAGGUUCUGGCUACCUACAUCUGGAUAGAUGGCACAGGCGAACACAUGCGGUGUAAGGACCGCACUAUCAACUGUAUACCGAGAGCUUUAAAAGAUUUGCCUGUUUGGAACUUCGAUGGCAGCUCCACCGGACAGUCAGAAAGUUGUGACAACUCGGACACAUUCCUGGUGCCGCGCGCCCUGUACAAGGACCCGUUCCGUCGCGGCAACCACGUACUCGUCAUGUGCGACACCUACAAGUACAACAUGGAGCCCACAGCAACCAAUCAUCGCGUUAAGUGCCAGGAAGCCGCGGACAAAUGCGAAGAGGAGGAACCGUGGUUCGGAAUCGAGCAGGAAUACAUCCUCCUGGACGCGGAUCUCAGGCCUUUCGGAUGGCCCCCGGGUGGCUUCCCCCCACCACAAGGCCCCUAUUACUGCGGUGUUGGCUCCAACAAAGUUUUCGCCAGAGAUCUCGUAGAUUCACAUUACCGAUGCUGCCUCUAUGCUGGCGUGCCAAUUGCCGGCACCAACGCAGAGGCAAUGCCCUCGCAGUGGGAGUUCCAAGUGGGGCCGUCUGUGGGCGUGAGCGCCGGUGACGACAUGUGGGUAGCGCGCUACAUCCUGCACCGACUGGCCGAGGAACACGGCGUCAUCGUCAGCUUCGACCCCAAGCCUGUGCAGGACUGGAACGGCUCGGGAGCGCAUACCAACUUCUCUACUAAAAAGACGAGAAAGGCGAACGGCAUUGUCGAAAUCAACAAGGCGAUAGAAAAGCUUUCGAAAACACACAUGAAGCAUAUCAAGGUGUACGACCCACGCGGUGGAAAGGACAACGCGAGAAGGUUGACCGGCAAAUACGAAACCGCCAGCAUAAACGAGUUUAGCUCAGGCGUGGCCAGCCGCAGCUGCAGCAUCCGGAUACCGCGCGCGGUCGCGGAGGCAAAGAAGGGCUACUUAGAGGACAGGCGGCCGGCCUCCAACUGCGACCCCUACGCCGUCAUCAACGCGCUCCUGCGCACCUGCAUCCUCGACGAAUAACA